AUGCAUCAACUACCAAGAAUCGAAUUAGUAUUAUGGAAAAUCCGAUAAUAGAACUUAUUCUUUUUUUUUCAUAAUUGAAGCAUCAGUUGUAGCAUGCAAUUGAAUGCUUAUUGAAAAAAAUUAUAAUUGUUUAACAUUAACAAACAGUAUGUAUAAUGAAUAAUGUUCAAAAACAUCAUAUUCAGAAGUCAAGGUUCGUUUGUAAUAUACAUCCGCUUAUCGAAGCCAUUAAUAUUUUAGUUAGCCAUUACCUACACCGAUAUGCUCUAGCAUAAAAUGUGAUUAAUAAUUAAUAAAUUGCAACGUAAUUAUUAUCAAGAAACAACAGUGGAGAUUUUAUUACUUUGGUAGUGAUAAAGGAUGAUUCUAAAAAUAGAUCAGUAAUUUUGAAGUGCUGAGAAAGGUCCAAAGCCGUCGACCCCUGCAAAACGCAAGAAGGCUUUUCUUAAAGUGCACCAACCCGACAAUUAAACUAAGCUCAACUUUUGGAAGUAGAGUUAUUUAAUUAGGACCCAAAAGACAUGAGGAAAGUUCAGUUUUUUGCGUCGAUCGUGCUCGCCUGUUUACUGCUCGCGUACGAUGUGGAAGCCAAAAACUUCACCAAAUGCGGCCUUACAAAGGAACUGUUGAAUAAUGGAUUUGAGCGUACCUUUGUUGGGAAUUGGGUUUGUUUAAUUGAAAGCGAAAGCGGCAAGGAUACCUCAAAGGUUACAUUGAAAGCUGACAGAAGUAAGGCCUUGGGAUUGUUUCAAAUAAAUGAUAAGACGUGGUGCAAAUGGGGCUCCGCAGGAGGAAAAUGUAAUAUCAAAUGCGAAACUUUAAUCGAUGAUGACAUCAAAAACGAUGCAAUAUGUGCCAGAAAAAUCCAGUCAAAUCUUGGAUUUCGUGCCUGGGAGGGUUGGAUGAGGAGCUGUUAUGGACGUACUCUGCCCUUUCCACCUUGCUAGAGUUUGUUUACCUCCCAUUUAAGUUAGUUUUAGUUAAUAAAUAAUCCACAUGAUGGUUUUU